CAUUCAAAACAUGGUUCGAAAAUAUAAACAGAGUUGAUCAUCCGUGGUCAUAUCCUAAUGAUCCCGCCUCUGAAAUUCGCUAUCAUUGAGCUUAAAGGUGAUAGGUUAGCUUCCGGAAACAUAAAUUAAAAUUUUAACAGUUCAAUCUUCCCGCGCCAAAAAAAAAAAUCCACAAUGUGUCACGGGCGCCUAUGUGCAUAGAUAUAUAAACAAGCUAGAUUUCGGAUAUUGUUAGAGAUCGAGAGUGAGGGACUAUAGCAGUUAUCUUUAAAGAACCUCAUAUAUUACGUGAUUUUGUGACUUUUUAUUACAUCUGCAAGUCAAACCAGCAUUCGUUACUAGCAUAGAUAAGAGCUGAAAUUAAACAUGGAGUCUAGAGUUGUGAAUUUCAUCGUUUUAUUAACGGUGGUUCCUGCAAUUCAUGUAUCUGGAAGUAUUUGUCAAAACAAGAUGGCAGAUGUUGUUUUCCUUUUGGAUUCUUCCUUUAGUGUUUGGGAAAGUGACUUUGCCGAACAACUUAAAUUUGUCAAAAGUGUAGUUGACAACUUCCAAGUAGGAAAAGACGGUAUCCAAGUUGGAGUUUUAUCUUACAGCAGCGAAAUCCAAACCAACUUCUUUUUGAACGAAUACAAUGAUAAAGAGGCAAUAAAAAGUGCCGUUGACAAAAUCCAGUACUUGUCAACGGCCGGAACCGACACUGCUGGUGCUCUGAAAUAUGCCCGUGAAGUCAUGUUUCACAAGAAACAUGGCGGACGGGAAUUGGCUUCAAAAAUUAUUAUUCUUAUUACGGACGGGAUGUCUCACGACUCAAACGCAACAGCCAAACAAGCGGAGAAAACUAAACAGGCCGAGAUCAACAUUCUGGCGGUUGCCGUCGGAGCGCCCAUCAUGCGAGAACUAGAAAUGGUUGCAAGUUAUCCUACUACGGAUUCUGUUUUCAACGUGACCGAUUUCAGUGCGUUGCCUUCAAUUGUCCAGUCUCUCGCCACAACUACCUGUUUAGUUCCUGAUGUUCCACGAGAUAGUGAAAAAACAGACACUACAACCGUUUCAGUAGUUGAAGACAAAAUAAAGAAAUAUUGCGAGAAGACACCAUCAGAUAUUCUUUUCCUAAUCGACAGUUCCAGUAGCAUUUGGCCUCUGCAUUUUCGGGACAUUGUUCAAUUCACAUUGAAAGUAAUCGAUCUCUUUGACGUCAGUCCAAAUAAGACUCGAAUUGGCGUAACUUUGUACUCUGAUGACGUAAAACCCGUGCUACACCUCGACAACCAAUUAAAUUCAAAGGAACUUAAAAACACUAUUUCAAACAUUCACCAAUUAAAAGGAGGCACCGAGACGGGAAAAGCACUGAAGCAUGCUAGAGAAAAUGAAUUUAACGAAAAUUACAGUCGUAAAACUGCUGCGUCAAAAGUGAUCAUAUUGCUAACCGAUGGACAGUCGAUUAGACCAGAAGAUACGCUGACAGAAGCCAAGAAACUAAAGGAAGAAAACAUAACUGUAUUUGUCAUCGGAAUAGGAAAUAGAACAGACAGAGAGGAACUGAAAACCAUUGCUUCAAGUGCUCGACAUCAAUACAAUCUUCAAGAUUACAACGCCCUUUCUACCAUCAAAAACAUGCUGGUUGUGAAGACUUGCACGGUUCAUUUCCAAUUUCAAGAUUCUGCCAACGAUGACUCUGAAGAAACUUGCUGGGAUACGCCUAGGGAUGUGAUGUUCGUUUACGACUCUCCAGCUAUUGGAAUUCAUCGGUCUAAGAUAAUCAGAAAAGCCAUUACUGAAAUGUAUAAACUGAUGCUUAUUGGUUCCAACAAGACACGGGCAGGUGUCCUUUCUCACUACUGCCCAACAGAUUUAGACACUGGUAUACAGGAUUUCCAAAACGAGCAAUCGUUUCUUCAAAGCGUUAAACGACAACCUAACGAUGGACUGAGAAGGCUGCUCCGAGUACUCAGGACUCGAAGUUUCCCACGGGAAGAACAUAUCAAAAAGCCCGUCAAAAAAGUGGGAAUUAUUUUCUUAGACAGAGAGGAACACGAUUCUCGUGACGUCAUAGAAGAAGCGCGCCGGACUGCACUCACCAGUAGGCUCUUUGUGAUUACCAUUGGCAAUCGUGUAGCAUCUCACGCAGUGGAAUCUCUGUGUAGCGACUUCAAACAUCGCUGCGUGUUCCAUGUUUCUCAGUAUAACUCUCUGGUACAGUAUGUUCCUGACAUUAUGGAUAUGGUUUGUUAUUCGUGAACAUUUCGUUUUAUGUUGAGAUAAUUUUUCUCUUCUUGAUACAAGCUUAAAUUUUUACAGCUGUAAUAUCUACCUCUUAUACAGUUGUUGAGUUUUCCCUGAACCCUUGUGCGGCAUAUCAAGUCUUUUGUCACAAGUUCACAACGCAUCAAGAUUAGAGGCUCUACAUAUCAAAAUUUGUCAAUCUACUUACCAUGUUGCAUUGUAUUAUAUAAGUGUUGCCCAAACGUCCUGAAAUGUCCCAUAAAGGCAUUAAAAAAUCUAGUCAAAACCUCAAGGAAAAUCCAACACAAAACAAUCUGGUAUGAUGUAGUACCUCUAGUCGAUAACAAAAAAUAUCCGAAUUAUGUCCGUCCAUAUGAAAUCUUCGGAAUCUAUACGCAGCAUGUUUCAUAUAUAAUAUCAUAUAUAAUAUUUCCGCUUUGUAUGCAAUGAAAAGAGGUUACGAGCUAUCCAGGGCUGACUGUUUGCAUGGUGCUAAUUUUCUCACUUGUUAAAUUUUUUUCAAAAAAUGUGAUAUAAUGUAUAUAAGCCUUGUUUAAUAUGUGCAUUGAUGUUUAUACACCCUAAAUCCAUUAUCAUUUAUAUAAUUGUGAUCCAGAUUGUUAUACCGCUUCAAUUUUAUAUUUUCAUAGAAUUUUUAUUCAUCGUUGUGAAGAAAUGAUUACAUUGAUUUUUAAUUUAUUAUAUACUUUUACUUUCAAUAUAUCUGCAUGUUUAUAUCAAUUUUGCAAUAAACAAUAAAAACAAACUGCUUAAGUGAUAAUGAUUUGUUUUUAAGGAGGGAUUUAUAGUGUGUUGUGUUUUCUACAAACACCUGUACGUGAUAUUUUAAACUAGUAUGGAUUUCUUAACAGGUAAAAAUAUACAGCGAUGCAUAUUAGAUGAACAAGAAUCGAAUUUAUAAUUAAGUAUAAAGGGAAAUUGGACAGCACAACUUGUAUGCUUAUAGGAAGGUCCAAAGUUUAUGAAUCUUAAAUUACCUUAAAUCGAGAUUUUUCUAUAUAUCCGA